AUGCAGGUGAGCAGUCAGAUGUGCAGUAAAUUUCUUUUUCGAAUCGUUUUUCGUUGCUUGUCUUUUGUUUUCUUGUUUGUUCAUGUUUUCAUUUGUCUUUUUAAUUUUUCUUAUGUUUCUGUCUUGUUUAGGCUGAUGAGCAGAACACUGCGUUGAGUCAAAAGGCCAAAUUACACCUGGAGAAGUACAACUUCCCUGUGGAGAUGAUGGUGGCAUUACCCAAUGGAACUAUUGUAACUACACUACUUUUAUCAGCCCAUAAAUAAGCUUGGAAAAUGUUUGUGUGGGAAAUAGAAAUAAACUCAGCCUAAAAUCAAUACCAUACUUCUUGUGCAUCUCUUUAGGUCCACCACAUCAACGCCAACUUCUUUCUUGACCAGACAGCCAUGAAACCAGAAGAGGAAGGAGCAACUUUCAGCUUCUCUGGAGGCUUUGAGGACCCCUCCACAUCCACUUACAUCAGCUUCCUCAAAGAGGGGCUGGAGAGAGCCAAUGAGUACCUUGCUCAGUAA